UGAUGGAUUUUGCAUCUACCGAUUGGGAAGCAUGCAUGAAGUGAAUGUCGAAAUGAGGGAAGGAAUUAUGUUAGUUACUUAUAUCAAGAUGAGGAAGGCGUCUAUUGAGCAUGACACGAGAAGGCAAAUUCAAUACCUGGUGGCGGCGCCACUUCCACCCUACUACUUGUUCAAGUACGAGCUUGUCGACAGCAUCCAUAUUCCAAACACCAUUCCCUUUACCGAGCAUCAAGUUAGCGCAUAUAUCUACUCUGUAGUCCUCCAACAUAAUUAUUUUACAUUCAUCUACAUCAACGACUCGAAAUCGACUUCGAAGAGCGGCACAGGAGUAUACGCUACUCUCGGAAAUCAGUCAGAUCAACCCAGGAAGCUCUACACCUGCCCAUGCAAGCGCAAGCAGCACUAUCACAGACCGAAGGAUUGCCGUUUACUCGAAUUCUCCCUCACAGGCAAAGCGUCGGGAAAGCUUUCCGAGCCCACCAAAGAGCAGUGCGACGAGAUGAUCAAAGGGAGGGGGGAUAUGGCGGUCCGCGACAUCAAUACCAGGCUCUACGAAUCGCCCGUCGCCACGAGGCAUCAAAUUCAUCACACCAGUGCGAGAUUCAGACAAAUCACUCGGGACGUGCACCCAAAUGACCGGGGCCUCGUUCGUACUCCCCGUGAGCCCAUGGACCGGCAAGGCCAGCAGCAGUCCGACCGUCACCAAGAUAGGACUGCUCGCGCCCGCAGCGAGACGUGGCCUACGAGGGGCCAGGAUGGGGACGAUUUGGCGAUGCGUGAGGAUGGGCACGUCGCUGUCGUUGUCGCUGUCGUCGUUGCUGUCGUUGUUAUGGUCGUUGUUAUGUAG